AUGACUCAUAUUGAAUUAAAAGCCCAGCAACUUCGCCAAGAAGCUGAGAAGAAGAUGAAUUCCAGAGGAUUUUUCAAAACUUUAUUUUCAAAGAACUUUAAUCGAAUAGAAGAAUCCAUCGAGUAUUACACCAGAGCCGGAAAUCUGUUUAAAAUGGCUAAAAACUGGACACAGGCAGGGUUUGCCUUCUCGGACGCUGCAGACCUGAACUUUCGUAAUGAUAACUAUGUAGAGGCUGCUACAAAUUAUAUUGACGCUGCAAAUUGUUUCAAGAGAUGUAAUUCGAGUAAAGCUAUAGAAUAUUAUUUGAAAGCUAUUGCUAUAUACUGCGAUAAAGGUAAGUUUGUGAUGGCUGCCAAAUACAAUCAAAUUAUUGCGGAGCUACUAGAAGACGAAUAUGAUGUUGAUGAAGCCAUUUCGUACUACGAAAAGGCGGCAGACUUAUACAAACAGGAGUGCAAUUUUUCCUCCGCCAAUAAAUGCUUGGAGAAAAUUGCCGAGUACGCUGCUCUGUCCGCAGACUACCACAAAGCUAUAAACAUUUUUCAAGAAAUAGCUUGCUUUGAUCUGGCAAGUUCUAUAUUAAAGUACUGUGCUAAACAUUACCUGUUUCGAGCUGCAAUUUGUCUGCUAUGUUCAGAAGCUGAGAUCAAGCAAAAACUGCAAACUUAUGUUAAUAUGCACCCAGCAUUCGAGGAUUCAAGAGAAUAUCAACUCAUUAUAUGCCUCUUGGAGUGCAUGGAACAUGGAGAUCCUGAGGGAUUUGCAAAUGCUGUUAAAACAUAUGACUCCAUUACCAAGUUGAGCCAAUGGCAUAUCACCAUGUUACUUCGUAUAAAAAAUCAAAUAAUGGACUAUCCAGACUUGAGAUAA